GUUCUCCUUUCUACCUGAUUCUCUGUCACAGAGACUGAGGAGGAGCAGGAGGGGGCCGCUGCUGCUGCUGCUGCUGCUGCUGCUGCUGGGAUGGGAAACAGGAAGUGACCAUCACUGACACAGGAAUGGGACUGAAAACAGAAAACACCAUCAUGAUGAGGAGAAUGUCAAAUCCACUCGUGUGGUAGGAAACUAAAUCCUCCCUUCAACUCAGGAAAAGGAUGAAUUGUUGUGUCCGGGCUGGAAUUGAGGCAUCAGGAAGGGCCCCGGCGUGUUGCUAAAUGGAGUCGGAGCAGCUGUACCACAGAGGCUACUGCAGGAACAGCUACAACAGCAUCGCCAGCGCCAGCAGCGACGAGGAGCUGCUGGAUGGAGCUGGCGUCAUCAUGGACUUCCACACCACCGAGGACGACAACCUGCUGGAUGGAGACGCUGCCUCCCCAGGGUCUAACUACGCCAUGUCUAACGGGGGCGGGGUCGCCAGCAGCACCACACACCUGUUGGACUUCCUAGAGGAGCCCAUCCCUGGUGUGGGGACCUACGACGACUUCCACACCAUCGAUUGGGUGCGCGAGAAAUGCAAGGACCGCGAGAGACACAGGAAGAUAAACAGUAAGAAAAAGGAGUCGGCAUGGGAGUUCACAAAGAGCCUGUACGAUGCCUGGUCAGGGUGGCUGGUGGUGACGUUAACCGGCCUGGCCUCAGGUGCUUUGGCUGGCCUUAUUGACAUUGCUGCUGAUUGGAUGAACGACCUGAAGGAGGGCGUGUGUCUGAGCGCCAUGUGGUUCAACCACGAGCAGUGCUGCUGGACGUCCAAUGAGACCACCUUCGCUGAGCGGGACAAGUGUCCCCAGUGGAAGAGCUGGGCUGAGCUAAUACUGGGGCAGGCUGAGGGUCCCGGCUCGUACAUCAUGAACUACUUCAUGUACAUCUACUGGGCUCUGUCCUUCGCCUUCCUGGCUGUCUGUCUGGUAAAGGUGUUUGCUCCCUACGCCUGCGGCUCAGGGAUCCCUGAGAUCAAGACCAUCCUGAGUGGGUUUAUCAUCCGGGGCUACCUGGGCAAGUGGACGCUGAUGAUCAAGACCAUUACUCUAGUGCUGGCUGUGGCGUCCGGCCUCAGCCUGGGGAAGGAAGGUCCCCUGGUCCAUGUGGCCUGCUGCUGUGGGAACAUCUUCUCCUACCUCUUCCCCAAGUACAGCAAGAACGAGGCCAAGAAACGAGAGGUUCUCUCUGCUGCGUCGGCGGCUGGGGUGUCUGUGGCUUUUGGAGCCCCGAUAGGAGGAGUUCUCUUCAGCUUGGAGGAGGUGAGCUACUACUUCCCUCUCAAGACGCUGUGGCGCUCCUUCUUUGCCGCCCUUGUGGCGGCCUUCGUCCUGCGGUCCAUCAACCCCUUUGGUAACAGCCGUCUGGUGCUGUUCUACGUGGAGUACCACACGCCUUGGUACCUGUUUGAGCUCAUCCCUUUCAUCCUUCUGGGAGUGUUUGGAGGUCUCUGGGGAGCUUUCUUCAUCCGAGCCAACAUCGCCUGGUGCCGGCGGCGCAAGUCAACACGCUUCGGAAAGUACCCAGUGUUGGAGGUGAUCUUCGUGGCCACCAUCACAGCCGUGGUUGCUUUCCCGAACCCGUACACCCGUCAGAACACCAGUGAGCUGAUAAAGGAGCUGUUCACCGACUGCGGCCCUCUUGAGUCGUCGCAGCUCUGCCAGUACCGCAGCCAGAUGAACGGCAGUAAGGCCUUCACUGACAACCCCAACCGCCCGGCGGGGCCCGGCGUCUACGCCGCCAUGUGGCAACUCUGCCUGGCGCUGAUCUUUAAAAUCAUCAUGACCAUAUUCACAUUUGGACUCAAGGUGCCGUCGGGCUUGUUCAUCCCCAGCAUGGCCAUCGGGGCGAUCGCAGGCCGCAUCGUUGGCAUUGCCGUGGAGCAGCUGGCCUAUUACCACCAUGACUGGUUCCUGUUCAAAGAGUGGUGCGAGGUCGGGGCCGACUGCAUCACUCCGGGGCUCUACGCCAUGGUGGGGGCUGCGGCAUGUCUGGGUGGUGUGACCCGUAUGACGGUCUCCCUGGUGGUCAUUGUGUUCGAGCUGACAGGUGGUUUGGAGUACAUCGUCCCCCUCAUGGCUGCCGUCAUGACCAGCAAAUGGGUGGGUGACGCGUUCGGCCGCGAGGGAAUCUACGAGGCCCACAUCCGUCUGAACGGAUACCCCUUCCUCGACGCCAAGGAAGAAUUCACUCACACCACGCUGGCCAGGGAGGUGAUGAGGCCACGACGCAGCGACCCGCCGCUAGCGGUGCUGACGCAGGACGACCUGACGGUGGAGGAGCUGCAGGGCGUCAUCAAUGAAACCAGUUAUAAUGGUUUCCCUGUGAUAGUGUCCAAGGAGUCCCAGAGGCUGGUGGGCUUUGCUCUGCGAAGGGACAUCACUAUCGCUAUAGAAAAUGCGCGUCGUAAGCAGGAGGGCAUCAUGUUGAACUCCAGGGUGUACUUCACUCAGCACGCACCCACCCUGCCGGCCGACAGCCCUCGGCCCCUCAAGCUGCGCUCCAUCCUGGACAUGAGCCCCUUCACCGUCACCGACCACACACCCAUGGAGAUCGUGGUGGACAUCUUCAGAAAGCUGGGGCUGCGCCAGUGCCUGGUCACUCACAACGGGAUUGUGUUGGGCAUCAUCACAAAGAAGAAUAUAUUAGAGCAUCUGGAGGAGCUCAAGCAGCACACGGAGCCCCUGGCGGCUUCUUGGUAUUAUCACAAAAAAAGAUAUCCUGCGUCACAUGGCUCAAAUGGCAAACCAAGAUCCCGAGUCCAUCAUGUUCAACUGAUCCGCUCCUUCCAGGACGGCCGGGUUGGAGGGGGAGACGACAGCGAGGAGGAGGAGGUUCAUCUCCUGGACGGCUCCAAUCUCUGACAUCUCUGGAUCCUGUUUUUUUCUUUUUAGUUUUCAGCUUAGUAGACCCUGAACCUCGCCGACUGACUGUGGCCCUCAGAGACUUACCGGCCAUUAGAGGGAAAAGACAAUGAUAAAAAAAAAGACUUUGUUAUUAUCAUUCUGGCUGCUGAGGACACAAGGAGGUCACGGGUUGAAGCCACACACACACACACACACACACAAGGAAUGCACUUUUUACACACACACACACACACACACACACACACACUCGCACAAAAACACACACUUUUGCACUUGCAGACACCUCAAACAUGCAUGCUGUCUCUGCACACACACGAACACGCAUACGCCCCCUAACCUGUAAAGAAACACCCAUUUGCACUCUUCAUGUGCCUCACCCUCGUCCUGUCUCUGCUGAUGUCGUGGUGGGCGUCGCCUGGCUGGGGUCAAAGGUCAGAAUGAACCGCUGAUGAGGGAUGCGAUGAGGGACCUUGAAACCUCCAGGCUCCCGUUAAAAAAAAAAAAAAAUAAACAAAAAAAACAAACAUCACUUUCCUCACCCCACACACGCACACGCACCCACCACACCUGUCCGUCCUCCAGAAAACGUGUCGUUUACCUGUGAAUUAGUGUGUGUGAGAAUAUGUGUGUGUCCUAAGCACCACUACAUUCCAGCCAGGUUACCGUGGGAACUGAGAGGACGGUCUAAAUGAGAUGGCUUUAAUGAGCGUGUGUCUGCGUGUGUGUGUGUGUGUGUGUGUGUGUGUGUGUCUCUCUAAGUGAGAGAGGGAGGUAGAGAGACAUAGAUGGGUACUGUAUUUCAAGAACAAAACUGUUCCUUCCCAGAAUGAAAAAAAGUGAAAAAGUAAGACCUUUGUGAGAGUGUGUUUAUCAUUUCUGAGCCAGCUUGAGCCGUGUGCGUGCGCGUGCAUAUGUGUGUGUGUGUGUGUGUGUGUGCCCGUCCAUUCAAAAUUGAAGGCGGGCUGAGUGUUUACGUAAAGAGGGAAAAAAAAGAAAAAGAAAGGAAAAAUUGUCCGGGUUGAGUUUUACUGUGGUUACAGGAAAAGAAAAAUCAAAUUUCCUUUUUCAUCUCAAAAUAUUACUCUUGUUAUGACUUUUAAAAUAUUGAUCUUGCUAUAAACAAUUAACUUUUUAUGGCUUGAAGCAAAACAAAACUGGAAAUCUGCACUUGUUUUAAGUGAAUCUGUUGAAGUUGUUGCAGAGGAGAAGAAAGAUGGUGAAGAUGCUACAUGGGGACGACUUGUUUUCUUUUUGCUGAAAUCUGUCCAUGUCUCUGGGAAGUAACAUCUUAUAUUUGCAAAGAGGAAAUAUUGUUUAGUAGAUAAUUAAUCCUCCCUCAGUUUAUCAAAGUAAAUAAAGGCUAAAUAAAGUGUCUUCUCUCAAAGUCC